AUGUUCAACCGGCAAUGCAGAACAGCGCUGCAAUCGUCGCAGCGUCUGUACGCCACUUCGCGAUUCCACCUUGCCACGGCCUGCAACUACUCGACCGCUCCCCGUCGCAUUCCCCUGACACCGCUGUCUCUUCGCCACUCGUCCCUCGCCGCAUCGCGCUCCCUUAGUACAACGGUCGCACGCAGGAAAGACGACUCGUCCAAGAAGGUCGACCCAGAAGAGGAGGCACAAGACUUGGAGAACAAGGACAACAAGGACCACAAAGACCCGUUAGCCGAGAUCCUCAAGGACGACUCGCACGCAAAGGAGUCUACACCCAUCCCCGACGGCCGAGGAGCCUCUUCGGCAGGAGGCGACGGUGCAGCAGCGGGCGGCGAGAGUGGAAGCGGCGGUAGUGGACGCAAACGCAAGGGCGGCGAGAAGGGUCUCGUCAAGCCUUCAGUGCCUGACGUCUAUCCUCAAGUCCUCGCCAUCCCAAUCGCCCAGCGGCCACUCUUCCCCGGCUUCUACAAGGCCAUCACCAUCCGCGACCCCAACGUCAUUGCCGCUGUGCAAGAGCUGCUCAAGCGUGGCCAGAGCUAUGUUGGUGCCUUCUUGCUGAAAGACCCCGAGUCCAACACAGAUGUCAUCAACGAUCCCAGCGAAGUCUACGAUGUCGGUACUUUCUGUCAGAUCACCGGAGCUUUCCCCGCCGGCCAUGGCGAUGAGAAGGCCCUCCAGGCCGUCCUCUACCCUCACCGCAGAAUCAAGCUCACCGACUUGAUGCCUCCCAAGAAGGGCGAGAAGGGAGAGAAGACCAUCGAGGAAGCUCCCGCCGUCGCUACUGCCACCAUCGAAGCCGCAGAGCCUGCCGAGAAAGUCGAGAAGCCCGAGACCGACGUCAUCGAGUCCAACAAGGGCGAUGUGACUGCCAGCUUCGAGGAGUCUCACAUCGAGACACCCGGAGAGAAGAAGCCAGCCGCUCAUUACGAGCCCACCGACUUCCUCAAGACAUGGCAGGUCAGUCUGGUCAAGGUCGACAACCUCGCCGACGAGCCCUUUGACAAGCGCGCUCCUACCAUCCGCGCCUUGAUCUCCGAGAUUGUCAACACCUGCAAGGAGAUUGGCAGCGUCAACCAACUCUUCCGCGACCAUGUUUCCGCCUUCGCCAUGUCGCAAUCCGCCGCCAACAUCGCCGACGAACCUGCCAAGCUCGCUGAUUUCGCCGCUGCCGUUUCUGGUGGCGAGAUGGAAGAGGCCCAAGAAGUUCUCACAAGCCUCAACAUCGAGCAGAGACUCAGCAAGGCCUUGGAGAUCAUCAAGAAGGAAUACAUGAACGCUCAGCUCAGCAGCAAAAUUAGCAAGGAUGUUGAGAGCAAGAUUCAGAAGCGCCAGCGCGAAUACUGGCUCAUGGAGCAGAUGAAGGGCAUCAAGCGUGAGCUUGGUCUCGAGACCGACGGCAAGGACAAGCUUCUGGAAGGAUUCAAGGAAAAGGCCAACAAGCUGGCCAUGCCCGACGCCGUCAAGAAGGUCUUUGACGAGGAGAUCAACAAGCUCGCACAUCUCGAGCCUGCUGCGUCGGAGUUCAACGUUACAAGAAACUACCUCGACUGGCUGACCCAGAUUCCCUGGGGCAAGCGCAGUGCCGAGACUUUCGGCAUCAAGAACGCCAUGAAGGUGUUGGAUGAGGAUCACCACGGUUUGAAGGACGUCAAGGACCGCAUUCUCGAGUUUAUCGCCGUUGGCAAACUUCGCGGCACUGUCGAAGGUAAGAUCCUGUGUAUGGUCGGUCCUCCCGGUGUCGGAAAGACUAGUAUCGGAAAGUCGAUUGCUCGCGCAUUGAACAGACAGUACUACCGCUUCAGCGUCGGUGGUUUGACCGAUGUUGCUGAGAUCAAGGGUCACCGCAGAACAUAUGUUGGUGCCCUGCCCGGUCGCAUCAUCCAGGCCCUCAAAAAGUGCCAGACCGAGAACCCACUUAUCCUCAUCGAUGAGGUUGACAAGAUUGGCCGCGGCCACCAAGGCGAUCCGUCGUCCGCCCUCCUCGAACUCCUCGACCCCGAACAGAAUAACUCUUUCCUCGAUCACUACAUGGACGUACCCGUCGACCUUAGCAAGGUCCUCUUCGUCUGCACAGCAAACAUGACCGACACCAUCCCCCGCCCUCUCCUCGACCGUAUGGAGAUGAUAGAAUUAUCCGGCUACGUCGCCGACGAGAAGAUGGCCAUCGCCGAACGCUACCUCUCACCCGCCGCAAAGGACCUCUCCGGUCUCAAGGACGUCGAUGUCGAAAUCGAGAAAGAAGCCAUCGCCGAGCUCAUCAACAAAUACUGCCGCGAAUCCGGUGUGAGAAACCUGAAGAAGCAGAUCGAGAAGGUCUACCGCAAGUCCGCUCUCAAAAUCAUCACAGACCUCGGCGAAGAUGCCUUUCCCGAAGAGAAGGCCCUCACACCAGAGGGUAAGGAAGCACAAGAGGCAGCCGCAAAGGAUACCUCAGACGUUAAGGAGACACCCACGAAUAUGGAGAAGGAAACCACAGAAACACCUCGCGUUGCUCUUUCCGUACCUUCGUCGGUCAACGUCCGCAUCACAAAAGACAACUUGAAGGAUUACGUCGGUCCUCCCGUCUUCACAGCCGACCGCCUUUACGAAACCACACCACCAGGAGUAGCCAUGGGCCUAGCCUGGACAAGCAUGGGUGGUGCAGCCCUCUACGUCGAGACAAUUCUCGAAUCCGCUCUCUCACACGCCUCCCGCCCCGCCUUCGAACGUACCGGAAACCUCAAGGCCGUCAUGAAGGAAUCAACCUCAAUCGCCUACUCAUUCGCCAAGGGCUUCUUGGCUGCACGCUUCCCAGAUAACAAGUUCUUUGAACAUGCACGAGUGCACAUGCAUUGUCCCGAGGGUGCUGUGCAGAAGGAUGGACCCAGUGCUGGUAUCACCAUGGCGUGUUCGCUUAUCUCACUCGCUCUGGGCAGGAGUUUGGAGCAGACUGUCGCCAUGACUGGUGAGCUUACUGUUACUGGUAAGGUUUUGCGCAUUGGCGGUCUCCGCGAGAAGACUGUUGCGGCAAGGAGAGCAGGAGCCAAGAUGGUUAUCUUCCCCAAAGAUAACCUGAGCGAUUGGCUGGAGUUGCCUGAGAACAUCAAAGAGGGCAUUGAAGGCAAACCAGUAGCAUGGUACAGCGAAGUCUUCGACCUCGUCUUCCCCAGCGUCGACGCAAAAGCCGCAAACACCAUGUGGAAGCAAACGCUCAAGAAGGAGAAGAAGGAAAAGAGAGAAAAGGAAGACAAGGACAAGGAGUAUGAUUCUGAUUAG